AUGGCAAGCUAUUUGCAAAUUUCAUUUCUGAUAUUCACAAUCUUGAUUGCUUCCUUCUUCAGUUCCUCACAGUCACAGGGAGGUGGAAUCGCUGUGUACUGGGGCCAAAAUGGCGGUGAAGGGACUUUAGCCGCCGCGUGCGCCACUGGGUUCUACCAAUAUGUGAAUAUCGCUUUCUUAAUAACCUUUGGCAACGGCCAAACCCCAGUUCUGAAUUUGGCUGGCCACUGUGAUCCACCCUCUGGAACUUGCACCAGUAUAAGCAAUGACAUAAGGGCUUGUCAAAAUCAAGGCAUAAAAGUCCUCCUCUCUCUUGGUGGUGGAGUCGGAAGCUACACGCUUUCGUCCGCUGCUGAUGCACAAGAAGUCGCGGAUUACCUUUGGAACACCUACUUAGGUGGCCAGUCGAGUUCACGUCCCCUCGGAGAUGCAGUUUUGGAUGGUAUAGACUUUGACAUUGAAGGCGGUACAGUCCUGUUCUGGGACGACCUAGCUAGGGCGCUCUCGCGUUACAGCAGCUCACAAAGAAAGGUUUACUUAUCUGCAGCACCACAAUGUCCUAUCCCAGAUGCUUAUCUAGACACCGCGAUCCAAACUGGGCUCUUCGACUACGUUUGGAUACAGUUUUACAACAACCCGCCGUGUGAUUACCGAGGCGGCGUGGAUAGUGUUUUAGCGAGUUGGAAUCGGUGGACUGCAGUUCCAUCAAAUCAGAUUUUCAUGGGAUUACCCGCGGCGCCUGCAGCUGCGGGUGGUGGAUAUAUGCCACCAGAUGUGCUCAUUAAUCAGGUUCUUCCAGUUAUCAAGAAUUCUCCCAAGUAUGGAGGAAUCAUGUUAUGGAGCAGAUUCUAUGAUACGAACUUUAGUUCAAUUGUAGUGGAUAGUGUCUCAAAUAAUUUGAAGAAUUCUUGGGAUCGUUGGACUACGUCAGUUAAUGCUGGGAAGAUGUCUACCGGCUGCGCCACAUGCCGCUGGAAGUGGGUUCAUUCCGUCCGAGGUUCUGAAGUCGGAGAAUCUUCCGGUGAUAAGGAAAUCGAACAAGAUUGA